UUGUCUACAAUGGUGAACUACGUUUCGAUAUUUGCAGCAUUAACGACAUUUUUAAUUUUCAAAUGUACUCUAACUGUUUAUAAGCACUUUUAUAGCAAUAAGCCUCCAAUUGGUAAAGAGAAAGUUGCUAUCUCGUUAUUCCUUGGUUCAGGUGGACACACUAGCGAGUUGCUACAAAUAAUAGACGCACUAGACUUCAUAAAGUUCUCCCCUAGAUUAUACUUGAUCAGCUCUGGCGAUAGUCUUUCUACUACGAAAGUUAGAACACUCGAGAACAAACGCUCAGCCGACGCGAUGUUGGAAUGGUCCAGCGCAGGUUACUAUGACAUAAGCUACCUCCACAGAACACGCACACCUGGACAAUCUAUCACUUCAGUUCCCUUGAAUUUUUUCAUCACUUUCUUCCAGGCCAUAGUAUUAGCUAUACUCCCACCAAGUGAUAUUUCCUCACCUUCAAACCCAUCUGGCAGAAACAAUUCGGUUGGUGAUCUCCCACAACCACAGCUCGGUGAUUUGCUCAUCAUGAACGGUCCAGCUACGUCAAUACCACUCGUAUGUGCCGUCUGGGUAGCCAAAUUUAUUGGCUUGCCACACCCAAGAAUGGUAUACAUUGAAAGCUGGACUAGAGUGGAUAGCCUCUCAAAAACAGGAAAAAUAGUGAAACCAUUCGUUGACACAUUUAUCACCCAAUGG